UGAACCUCCUUGUUAGAAAACUAGGUGUUUAUAUAUAAAGGAAUGUUGUCCCUUGUGUUGCAUUCCAUGCUAUUGAUAGGGAUUACUCUCUCAUCUGGAUACGAUGAUUUAUCAAGAGAGAAAACAGCACAACAAAGUACAAAUCGACCAUGUCCUUAUGACUGUUCAGCUGGUGUUGCAGUUGAUAGAAAUGUAUCAACUUGCAUGGAAACAAUGGACAUUGGAAGAACUAUGAUAUACAAAACCAUGUGGUGGCACGUUGACCUUGGCGAUAUCUACAGUAUUUACAGCAUCAGCAUUGCGUUUAAAUCAGUUGAUGGGCGAGAAAAAAGGCAAAGGGGACGAGUUGCUGGAUUUUCACUUUUUCUGUCAAACUCUACGAGUAAAGAAAACGGAUGGAUGUGUUACAAAGACGGACCAGAGUUACCGCCAUUAAACUUCAGUACAAACUGUAUUGGACAUGGCCGUUAUGUCAUCUACUACAAUGAAAGAAUCGAUGAUGAAACCUAUCCAGAUGGAUACGAAACACAGUCCUUUAAUUUCCUUUGUGAAGUAAUAGUAAAAGGUAAAUUUAUAGUUUACGACCCAUAACAAAUCAACAUAACA